CCGGAGGGGGCGGGGCGAUGCUGGCGCUGCCCGGGCGCGCGGAGACUGUGCCAGGGGCGGCGGCCGGCGGCACGAGCAGCCCCGCCCGCGGCCCCGCGAGCCCGCCCCGCCCCAUGGGCGCUCGGCAGCCCGCCGCCGCCGCCGCCGCCGCCGCCGCCGGCCCGCACUAGGAGGCGGCGGCCCGCGGGCUGGCGGGCGAGCGGGCGGGAGGAGGAUGUCGGUGCUGCGGCGGGCGCUGCGCGUGUCCAACCGCUCCAUCCUCGCCUGCCUCUUCUUCUUCUCCUUCUCCUCCUCCUGCCUCUACUUCGUCUACGUGGCCCCCGGCAUCGCAAAUACCUAUCUCUUUAUGGUACAAGCCCGAGGUAUAAUGCUGAGAGAGAAUGUGAAAACAAUAGGACAUAUGAUAAGAUUGUACACUAAUAAAAAUACUACGUUGAAUGGCACAGAUUAUCCUGAAGGCAACAAUUCCAGUGAUUACCUUGCUCAAACAACAAUGUACCUUCCAGAAAACUUCACAUAUUCCUCUUACCAGCCUUGUCCAGAAAAGCUGCCUUAUAUGAGAGGCCUUAUCAAUGUCAAUAUGAGCGAAAUUAGUUUUGAUGAAAUUCAGCAAGGGUUUUCAAAGGAUUUAGACAUUAAACCUGGUGGUCACUGGAAACCAAAAGACUGUAAACCACGAUGGAAGGUGGCAAUCCUUAUUCCUUUUCGCAAUCGUCAUGAGCAUCUUCCAAUCUUUUUCCGGCACUUAAUACCUAUGUUACAGAAGCAGCGGCUUGAAUUUGCCUUCUAUGUGGUUGAGCAGACGGGUACACAGCCUUUUAAUCGUGCAAUGCUUUUUAAUGUUGGCUUCAAAGAGGCCAUGAAGGAUGUUGUCUGGGACUGUAUAAUUUUCCAUGACGUGGAUCAUUUACCUGAAAAUGACCGAAAUUAUUAUGGAUGUGGAGAGAUGCCACGUCAUUUUGCAGCAAAACUGGACAAGUACAUGUACAUUCUUCCAUACAAUGAAUUCUUUGGUGGUGUAAGUGGACUGACAGUAGAACAAUUCAAAAAGAUCAAUGGAUUUCCAAAUGCUUUCUGGGGAUGGGGUGGAGAAGAUGAUGAUCUUUGGAAUAGGGUUCGUUAUGCUGGAUACAAUAUAACAAGACCAGAGGGAGAUCUGGGAAAGUACAAAUCCAUUCCUCAUCAUCACAGAGGCGAAGUCCAAUUUUUAGGGAGGUAUAAACUCCUAAGAUAUUCCAGAGAACGCCAGUACAUUGAUGGGCUGAACAAUUUAGUAUAUACUCCCAAAAUACUUGUUAGUAGAUUAUAUAAAAAUAUAACUGUAAAUCUCUUACCAGAACUUGCUCCAGUUAGAGACUAUUGAUGGAAGCAGAGUAGCAAACAGUGCUAUGGGAGUAAAUGUAUAACACUGGAAAAUACAAAGACACUAUUACAAAGACCUCACAUGAGAUCUUUCUGAACUUUGGCUGAUGGAUAGUUGGGAGGAGAGUUAAACAAUAGUUCUGCAAAAAAGAAGGCCAGCAGCUACUACUCAAAUGUUUACAGCAUGGGACUACUAAAUAUUGAAGCCUAGUUGCACCAUGCUCCGUAUCUUAACUACUCGUACUACAUGUACUGCAGAAAACAGAUCUGUAACGUGUUUGGAAGUUGAGAGAGCCUCCUCUUCCAAGUAAUUUUUAUACAACAAAUGUAAUUUAACUGAAUGCUUGUUUCCUUUUUAAAAAUGUGUUUUGUAAAUAUGUGAUGUAAAUUAAUGUGCUUACAUUGCUUGUAAAUAUGGUAAUAUUUUCUGCUUCGGUAUGUAUUUGGUUGUGUUCUUGUUCAAAUUCAGUAGGAAUGUUUUCAUUAGCAUGAAAGAACAAGUGUAAAUGUAAGUAUGUUUAGACAAAGGUUAUACCUUGUGUGAAAUGAAGGACUUACCAAUUGAUGGCCAGCUAUGACUGUAAACUGUUAUACUAGUUUUGAGCUUUAGGCCUCCUGCAUAUCUAUAUAGAAGAAUCAAACUUCAUAUGUAAACUUACUAGAAAAAACAGCUCUUAUUUACUAAUUGCUAGUAAAAUCUUAUGAUUCCCCGCUUGCCAUCUAAAUAAGAUUUUAUGCAUAUUGCAUGUUAUAUUAUGAACAAAUCUUAAGGUUGUUGCAUAUCAUGAUAUACAGGAACUUUUACUUUAAGUCUCCACGUGUGCCACUAGUGUCAAUGUCAGGGAUAUUAAUGCCUAAAACAAUGUAUUCUGGUGUAUAUGUAUUUUGGUAGUGUCCUUUUUUUUUUUUUUUUUUAAUCUAGUGAAUAAGACUUAUUCCUCCAGAAUCAGAAGAACCAAAAAUGUAUCUUCAUUAGAAGACAAAUAUUAAAGUGACAUUUUAAACUAAUAAAAUACAUUCGUAGUGCAUACAGGGUGAGAUUUUUCAAAAUUAGACAGUAUUAGCCUGUCCCUAUUGCACUGGCUAUGAUGAGGUCACUGGGACCAGAGUAAAGCCAGAGCCUACUACUUUUGAAAAAAUCCUUGAAUAGUAUAUUAAAUAAUUUAUCGUUUAAGAGCAUAAUUCUGUGAAGUGUUGAGCACUUGUCACAUUGUAUUAGGUAUCUUUAACCCAGUGCGGUUGAGGGUGCUCAGCUCUGCCAAGUAUAGAUUUCACAUUGAUGAUGCUCAGCCAGAUGGUGGGGUGAGUUGGUGUGCAGGGGCAGUCCUUGGUGUAAUUCAGUGCACUGGCUCAGCCCUACGCUAUCCAUUUAACCAUGAAUCUGGCCAUGGACCAGUUCUGGAGUUUUGGCAAUUAAUGCUACCAGUGCUCCCCUGUUGCCAAAUUUCCAGACCUGGGAGGAGUCACAUGGGCUGGAUGAUAUGGUCCCGCAGGCUGGAGGUUGAGCACCAUGUUCUGUAAUUCUCUUUUUUUGCAGUGUUAAGUGUAUGAGGCCUAUUGUAGGGUUCUUUCUUGUUUGUUUUUUUUAAUAAUGUUAGAUAUCUUUGUUCUGGGUUUGCCUGUAAUGUUAUGCUACCAAAGGGCAUACCUUUCAGAAGCACUAUAUUUACCUAGGAAUUUCUUUAUCCUAAAUUUCUAUUGUGUAUUAAUUUCUAUUUUAAUUCAAAAUGGAUUAGUUAGCUACCAAGCAAGGUCUACUAAGUUACUCUGACUGUCUCAGCCAUUUUGUUUUUUAGGAACCAAAGACUGCCACUCCCCUGAAGAAUGAAAAACAUUUAUAUAAAAUAAACUCUAUAUCAGUAUGGUGUUCUAUAGGAGUCCUAAAAAGAAAUACUAAUCUGUGUAUACACAUUUGCUUUCUGAAUUACAAUCACAGAUGGUAUGGUGCAGGACCUCACGGGAUCAGUUCACCAUUACCACCUUUUCUUUUGUGGCAGUCCCAGUGGCAGGUUUCUCUCUUAGCCAUUUGUUAAUGAAAGCUAUGAGCACACUUAGAGACAUUCCAAAUUAUUUGCUGAAAUGUAGGGAUUUGAUUUGAUGUAGCUGAGAACAAGCUGUAGGCGCGAUUGUGUUGGAAUGAUCUUGAAAUUUACUAGUCAUCAUAUACUAUAGCAAUGACUUAACAUACGUGAAAACAGUUGAACACAACACACUUAAAGUAUGCAUGCUUGAGUGCUUUUAUUACCUCUUGAUAUAUUUUUCUAUAACAGUAUAUAGAAUAUUUUGAGGGGCACAUGGAUAGUUGUGAAUUAAGUAACUAGUAUAUCGUAUAAGCAUCUAUAUUCUCAAAGAAAAAAUUGUCUUGUUUGCCUAUGUCACAUCAGCAAAACUUAUUUCCUACAGGAUUGCUAACAGGAAUAAUUUUUGAAUGCCUGACUCCUUAUUUUGAAGUAUUUUCUGGCUUCAGUACCCACAAUUUAGCACCCUUUCAUUAUGAUGCAUUUUUGGUAGUAUAGGUUUGUGCCUUGUUUCUGAAACAUGCAUUUAUUGACACACCCAUAUAUGUGGGAAGGCAUCCUGUGAAAUGAAUGUGCAAUUUUUUAAAAAAUUCUAGUGCAUUUAAAAAGAAUAAAAAUACAUGUGAAUAUGCUUCAGCUGAAGACAUGGAACUUUAUGAGGUUAGAUUGAGUUGAUUAAUUAUGAAUGAUUUUAGGAAAAUGUAAUGCAGUUGAAAUUGUAUUUAAAGGGGUCUAAAGGCAUAAUUGUAACUUAACUUGAACUUAUAUCAACUUUUUAUGCCCAAAACUAACACACAUUAAACUUUGAAAGAGGUUUACCAACAUUCUUCAGGUAUCUUUUUAAUGUCACUGUCAGGAAAUCUUAAAAAGCUCUCAUCUUAUUGAUGGUAAACAAACAUAGUAAGUAUAACUACCUAUCUGAAUUCUACUGUUCUGUUGCAGACUUUAACAUACACGGUGCCUUCAAACAAAAGAAAUGGAAGUGCAGAGCUCAGUCAUGCAUUUUCCUUUGAUAUUUUCAGAUUUACAGUAAAACAUAGAGAAGUCAAAUGUACUGGCUCUUCAGUUCCUGACAAACAACAAAUCAAAUGCAUGUCCUCCUCUCUUUGAUGGACUAAUAUGAGAGGAAAGGUAUUUGUAAGAUUCUGAGAGGAUCUUGCAAAGUAAGAAGUAAAAAUGCAACAAAAAACUGGUGGUGUGUAUAAAAAACAACAAACAACGAACAAACAAACAAAAAAUUUGGUCAGUAUGCUAAAAGACAUUGUUCAUUAAAAACUUUUUCCCACUUGCCGUAUUUUAAAUUAAAAUAGAAAAAUAUACAAUAUAAUAAUCCUUUUUUGAAAUAAAAGCUCUAAUGAGAAAUGAAUGCAAAAUAUUUGUCCUUAAAUCUUUCAGGUCUAUUUUUAUAUUCUUCUGGUUAAUAUAAAAUACUAGUCUUGUAAAUUAAAGCAAGCCAGUUAUUAAAAAAAAUUAAAGGACACAUUGCAUAUCAGCAAGAGGAAGUGUACUUAAGAUUAUUUAAUUUGUAGAGGUGUCUGAGACAGGCUUACUGAAAAAUGCACUGAAACAAAUGCUGGGAAUUUCCUGUGUACUAUCAUACUUAAAAAUUUUGUUUUGUUCAUGAAAAUGUUUGUACUUUUUUAUCAUUGUCUUUUAUGAAAUAUAAUGUUCUAAAUAUCG